CAGGCACGCAUCUCUCAUCUUAAAAUGAGUUAGAUCAGUAACAAAUAACCUAGAUAUGCAUCUGGUUAUGCAAAAUAUCAUGGAAACUGAAAAUAUUGCCUUUUGUUGACGGCACUUAAUUCAAAAUGAGUGAAAUUAACCUACAGGCUCUAGCUGGAAAGGAUAGCGAUGAACACAAAGCGCCGACUGCGAUGCAAGAGGUGAACCUCGCAUUGAAAGAGUGUGGUUUUGGUCUUUUUCACUUCCAACUAUUAUGCACCUCUUUCUUCGGCUGCGUGUCCGGCAUUGUAGUGACUAACAGCGCACCUUAUAUACUGCCGAUAGCUGAAUGCGAUCUCAACAUGAAUCUUUUAGCGAAAGGAGUGUUGAAUGCAAUACCUUUUUUUGGUAUGAUACUUAUAUCACUAUUAGCAGGAUUCUUGACAGACACGUUUGGUCGCAAAUAUUUUGUGCUGCUCGGUUUUGGAGGAUUAUUUGUAUUUACAUUAAUAAGUGGCACUAGUCAAAAUUAUAUUGUACUGAUAACUGCGAAAUUCUUCGAAGGAAUGUUAUUUGGGACUUCGUUCUCUUCCCUGAUAGCUUUAACGGCAGAGUUUUGUCACAACGAUAUCAGAGACCGUAUAAUGAUACUGCAAUCCUCUUUUACGUCAAUCGCUCAAGUUAUUACUGCCUUAUUAUCCUGGGGGAUAUUAACACAAGAUUGGAGUGUAUCAUAUUUCAAUGGAGCUAUUGUUCUUCAUAAUUGGAACUUCUACUUAUUCGUUAUGUCAUUAUGGCCAUUAUUGGCAACUAUCCUGUAUUGCUUCCUGCCUGAAAGUCCGAAGUACUACAUAACACAGCAGAGGUACGACGAAGCAAGGGAGGUCCUCAUCAAAAUCUACACGAAAAACACAGGGAAGUCUGUUGAUGAAUUUCAGUAUAAAGACUUAUGGAAAGACAAGAAAACGUACGCAAUAGACGAGACACCGGAAAAUAGUCCGAAUAAAAACUUCGCGGGCAUGCUCACAGCCAGCCUGCACAAUGUCAAGCCGAUGUUCCAAAAACCCCGCGGCCUAUAUCUGCUGCUUUUCUGUGUCAUGAGCUUCUUCACUUUGCUAUUAUACAACGUAAUAAGACUAUGGUUUCCUCAACUGUCGACAAUCGUAGAACAUUACAGUAGAACAGACAGCCAAGAUCUGUGUGUCAUGUUGGAUUCUUAUACUCAUGACUUGGCCUUGAUAAGCACCAAUGUUACCGAAGUUUGUGUACCAGUCGUGGGCGGUGCAGCAACGUACAUAAACAGUAUGAUACUAGGAUCUGCUUGUUUGGGACCAGUCAUCAUCAGUAGUGUCCUAGUAGUAAGGGUGGGGAAGAAGAACCUCUACAUUGCCUGCGGUCUGAUAUCUGUGGGGGUGACCUUAGGACUUAGAUGGGCUAGCUCGAAAGUGAUCAUGGUAGCUCUGUUUGCGUCGGAUAUGGCGAUUGCCCAAAUGAUGGUGAAUUUGAACCAAUAUCUGGUUGUGGAGUUCUUUCCAACGACUAUGAGAUCCUUGGCAAUUGGAAUGGUAAUGAUGUGGGGUCGAAUCGGCAGCUUAGUAGGAAACGUGCUGUUUCCAAUACUAUUGGAUAUGGGGUGUGUUGUACCCUUCUAUACUUUAGCAGGGACGAUGGUAGGUAUUACUUUUUUAAGUUUUGUUAUACCAGUGAAGAAGAAUUAGUUAUAAUUAAUAUACAUAUAGUAUUAUUCUAUGUUUUUGUAAAUAUUAGUAGGUAAUUUUAGUUUUUUAUAUUAAUAAAAUAACGUAA